CACAGGAGCACACAGGACCUUUCUGCUUCAAGUACUCGGGGUGACUCCCUGCACAGGAAAAAAAAAGCUAAUUCCGGUUACCCUAAAACGCGCUGACAUUCCCACCAAAAGGAUUUGGUGUUUGGGUGCACGCUGGCCACAGUCCGACAGCAGCAGUGCAGUGGAGCAGGGAGCUGUCCGCGGUGCUGAAUUCAUCGGCUAACAGAAAUCCCCAUUGCACACUCAUGUGCUUGGGCUGCUCCUGAUACCUCCCAUUCCUAGCAGCAACUGACCACCACCUCAACGCAUCCAAGAUGGACGACGAUGGCCGCUACAGAGACAACCGCUCAGACUUCAUCCGCGGCGCCAAGGACAUUGCCAAAGUGGCCAAGAAGCAGGUGGGCAAGAAGGUUGGGCGCGGCGUGGACAAAAUGGCCGAUGAGUACACCAAGCGGUCCUACAAGCGCUUUGAGGAGGAAGAUGAUGACGACUACGCUGGUGUGCCGAGCAACGAUGAUGGAUAUUACCGCAACGACAGCCGGGCCAAUGACGAUGAAGGCCACAGUGACUCCACGGAAGGGCACGAUGAGGAUGAUGAGAUCUACGAAGGCGAGUACCAGGGCAUCCCGAGGGCUGACUCAGGCAAGGCCGGCAGCAUGGACGGGGUGACAGCCGCCCAGGCGCAGCAGUUCAGGGAUCUGUCGGCCUACGAGGGUGAGAGGAGGAAAGACCAGGAGGAGCUGGCUCAGCAGUACGAGACCAUCCUGCAGGAGUGUGGCCACGGAAAGUUCCAGUGGACGCUCUACUUUGUCCUGGGGCUGGCACUGAUGGCGGACGGCGUGGAGAUCUUUGUGGUGGGCUUCGUGCUGCCCAGUGCGGAGAAGGACAUGUGUCUGUCUGAGCCAAACAAGGGCAUGCUGGGUCUGAUCGUUUACCUGGGUAUGAUGGUCGGGGCGUUUGUAUGGGGUGGCCUGGCUGACCGGAUUGGCCGACGGCAGACCCUCCUCAUCUCCCUCUCCAUCAACAGCGUGUUUGCCUUCUUCUCGUCCUUCGUCCAGGGAUACAGCUCCUUCCUCUUCUGCCGCCUGGCCUCUGGUGUCGGUAUUGGUGGCUCCAUCCCCAUUGUGUUUUCCUAUUACUCUGAGUUCCUGGCCCAGGAGAAGCGAGGAGAGCAUCUGAGCUGGCUCUGCAUGUUCUGGAUGAUCGGCGGUAUUUACGCCUCCGCCAUGGCCUGGGCCAUCAUCCCACAUUAUGGCUGGAGCUUCCAGAUGGGCUCGGCCUACCAGUUCCACAGCUGGCGUGUCUUUGUGUUGGUGUGUGCCUUCCCCUCGGUGGCAGCCAUCUCUGCCCUCACCACCAUGCCUGAGAGCCCACGCUUCUACCUGGAGAACGGGAAACAUGACGAGGCGUGGAUGAUUCUGAAGCAGGUCCACGACACCAACAUGAGGGCCAAAGGCUACCCAGAGAGGGUCUUCUCUGUGACCACCAUCAAAACAGUGAAGCAGAUGGAUGAACUGGUGAAUUUGGGCGAUGGUGCUGCCUGGCAUGAGAAAUGGAGGAUAAAGCUGACAUCACUUUUCCAUCAGGUGUGGAGUAAUUUCCAGACUGUUUUCUCCCCUGAGUACCGUCGUACCACCUACAUGAUGAUGGCCGUGUGGUUCUCCAUGUCCUUCAGCUACUACGGUCUGACAGUGUGGUUCCCCGAUAUGAUUAAGUACCUGCAGAAGCAGGAGUACUCCUCCCGCACCAAGGUUUUCGUCAAGGAGAAAGUAGAACAUGUCACCUUUAACUUCACCCUGGAAAACCAGGUGCACCGCCAGGGAGAGUACUUCAAUGACAAGUUUAUGAACCUGAAAAUGAGGUCUAUGGUGUUCGAGGACUCGCUGUUUGAGGAGUGUUACUUUGAGGACAUCACCUCCAGCAACACCUUCUUCAAGAACUGCACCUUCAUUGCCACCCUCUUCUACAACACAGAUCUCUUCAAGUAUAGGUUGAUCAACUGCAAACUCAUCAACAGCACUUUCCUGCACAACAAAGAGGGCUGCCUGCUCAGUGACGUCAGUGAUGAGAACAAUGCCUAUAUGGUCUACUUUGUCAGUUUCCUGGGCACCUUGGCUGUGUUGCCAGGCAACAUUGUCUCCGCGCUGCUCAUGGACAAGAUUGGACGGUUGAGGAUGCUAGCGGGCUCCAGUGUGAUAUCUUGCAUCAGCUGUUUCUUCCUGUCCUUUGGCAACAGCGAGUCAGCCAUGAUUGCUCUGCUCUGCCUGUUUGGAGGGAUCAGCAUCGCCUCCUGGAACGCCCUGGAUGUGCUGACCGUGGAGCUCUAUCCCUCUGACAAGAGAACCACAGCAUUUGGCUUCCUCAACGCCCUCUGUAAAUUAGCGGCUGUGCUGGGUAUAAGCAUCUUCACCUCGUUCGUUGGUAUAACCAAGGCUGUACCCAUACUCUUUGCCUCGGGGGCACUGGCGGCGGGCAGUUUUCUGGCCCUCAAACUUCCAGAAACUCGGGGCCAGGUGCUGCAAUAGUGUGGCGCCAACAACUUUCCAGGGGGCAGAAGAGUUUUCGCCACACUGUGAAUGAACAGCUCAAGAGCCCUCCAGAUCCUACCCUCUAACCCCUCCCCAACAAUCAUAUAGUAAAGUCUGUGCACAUAACACAAUGCAGAAGACCAACACAGAUCUGCUGAGCUGUAAAUAUUGGUGGUUCUAUGAUAUCUGCCCCUCUGUGCUAUAAAGAUAAGUAGAGCAUUACAAUGCCUGAAUAAACCUUGAGCUGACUGAGACAAAUUAUUCAUGAUUGCUCAGAAUUGGUGCCAAUGAAAAGGUGAGGGAAACAUAAUUUUAAGGUGUUCAGUGAGAACUUUAUUUUAUUUCCCUGGAAUACAACAGUACAUUUAGAUUUGGUCCCCCUUUUCUAAGUACAUAUAGCUGGGGUUGGAGGUGAGGUGAUGGGGCUCUUGACAAUGAGCCAUGCAAAUAGACUCAUAGAAAUGACCACUAGCCAUUGUUGCAGAGUUCUCUGUAGUCACCUCCAUUCUUCUGAGCAAAUACAACUGACCUUUCAAGUCUUGAGUACUUUGCCAUUGUUGGACGUAGAAUCAAAAAUUCGACAUUUUAUGCCUUGAUUUGAAGCAUUUUUGACUUUGUGUGGUAAAACCAAGACUCACCUCUCUUGGUUUUCUCUUUUUAACAAAGACCUGUUCUCAUUCUUCGUCUCCCGAAGUCUUGUGUUGGUGUACAGACUAACUGCCAUUUUAUAGAUUAUAGAACAUUCCAUUAUUGUUAAAAUGCGAUAAGGAGAUAAAUCGAAUUCCUUUUCCCUUUAAAGCAUUGUUUUUGAUCGAACAGUCACGAGAUCGUUCAAACCAAUUAACAAAUAUGUUUCCCAUGCUACGUGAAAGUUGUGUGCUGUCAUCAUUGCCAUUUCAUCACAGAGAUGAAGCUAUUUGUUGAAAUGUACAUUUAAAGCACAACCAAUAGCCAAUGUGAAUGUCCCUAACAUUUUCUUGACUCAAUGAAAAUGUUCAGAAUCUCACACUCAAUCAUCAUUUUUCAAUCAUACUGUAUAUCCCUUUGUAAGAAAUGCCUUUUUAGUACCUCUCCUCCCAGACUUACAGUAUGUUUGUCUCUUAGAAAAUAUGCUUUGGGGGGUGUUAUGCAUGUCACAAAGUAUGUAUCUAAUUUUAUGAAAAUUGAGAGUACAACAUGUAAACAGCAUUUUGGACAUGUUGCAUUUGCUUAUUGAUUGGUCUGGCUUAAGUUGCCAUAAUAUUUUGACAUUUCGGACACAUAAAAUACAGCACAAUGCUUUAUUUCUGCUGUUGCAAACAGUGAUACCAUAAAACACUGGUGAAUCUUACCCCGCUUUCCUUAGAGCACACUGCACAAGACAGGUUCAAAAUGAAAAUAUUCCUUUACUCACUUAAAUCAUACUAUUACAUAAAAAAAAGUUACACAGAAAGGCUUAGUUUUGAUGGUCUUAGUGCAGGCACAAAGUAUGUUAAGUGUGUAAGAGAUGACAGAUAAACUAUAAUAUAAUUCUUUGUGUGAACUGAAUGUUUAUAUUAAUGUGAGUGUGCUUCUUAGUGCAAUAUUGAACCUCUGCAAUAUUGAGAUUUUUAAAAAAUUAUUUAUUUAUUUUUUGUCUUUUACCAUUUCACAUUUGGCAAACUCUAUUUUAUUGGUUGAUGGGUAUACUGAACUGAACAUGGUGUGAUAGCAUACUGGACAUGGUCAACUUGUUUAUUGCUCUUGGAUCAAGACAGUGUAAAAGAGUGAAGCUUAGUGUCAGGAGAGCAAAUAUUGAAAUUGCUGGAAAAUACUGCACCCAAACUAAAAACAGCAGUUCUAUUUUAUAUUUUCCUUAUUUGGGAUGUAUACGUCCUUGGGACAUGUAACACACUGAACAGUGACAAUUAAUUGCAGUUGAAAAGGAUUGUUCUGCUAAUGAGGGUAUGAAUUUGGAGUGCACUGGGACCUUGUGUUUACUUACUUGCUUUAUUAUACAACUGUAGCUAGAUACAACAUGAGAUUCACCUUAGAGAACUCACUGCCAAGGGCUGAUUGUCAUAUAUCCCACACAGGUAACAGCACAGAGUGUUGGCGAAGAUUAUUGCCACAUUCCCCUGAUCCCGAAAAGUAAGAGUAAUAUGUUCACAAUUGCAUGAUAAAAGAAAAGCAAAACAAUCAUCGACAUGUCAGAUUAAUAGAAAAUGUUUUUGUCCAAACUGCCAUUUUGUAGGAUAGCAGCCAUACGUAGACUCAAGACAGUUAAAGAAAAUAGACAACCCAUUGCACUAAGUGUACACUGUCGUACAUGCACAAUUGUGAAUGCCUUGAGUUCUUCAAGACACAUCCUGAUGCAGCCUUGCUAGAGGUUUAAUGAAGAACCACGCGAGCGUUUAGCAAGAGCACAAAGACCAAAACCUACCAAAUGACAAUAUUGUGAACAUGAGUGCAGUUGUGAACAUAGGUGCUUCAGACUUUGAUGACCUGCCCCUUGCAUUUCACCAUCUCGCUCCAGUCUCACACUAAUCUAAUAUCAAAUUUGACAUCUGACCCAUUAUCUAUGAGUGUGCCAUGAAUACCACCUCUCUUUAAUUAUUGCCAAAUAUUUUGUAUGGCCUGAGUUUACACAUUACACCAUCAAUUCUCUGUUAUAGAUAUGAAUAUAUGUAAAUAAAAAUAACUAUGAUGUAACUAAUAAGUUAGCUCUUCAAAUCUGGACCCCUGGAAAUAUACUAUAUUGCAGUGAGUCUUUGCAGGUUUUCGGCUAUUGGUCAUGUGAAACAAGAACAGCUGGACUUAUUAUUGUAUGUGGUAAUGAAGACUUUUUUUUCCCCCACAACUCACCUGAGAACUUGUCUUUAGGAGUCCAGAUAGUCUUGUUUUAAAACUGCAAGAAAUAAUGGCUUUAGAAGCCAAAACAGCCAGCAAGUCAGAAAGCAAAAUUUGCCCAGAUCCCCUCUUAGAAGCACAUUGAUAGUAUAUAAAUGCACAUUAACUGUACAAACAUAAAAGCUAAGCAUCCAGCAGUCCUAUUCUCUGUAUGUUGUCCUGUAACACCAAUGGAAUUGAGAACAACGAUGUCAAAAUAACUGUUGUAUUUGUUCGACAUGGAAUGCUGUUAAAACGCUAACCCGUCUCAGUUCAGGCUCCGUCCAAGUCAAGAUUGUCUCUCGUAGAUACAUAUCUUAGCUUACGUUACAGGGUUUUUUGUAUAAUUAACUUGUUGCCUGAGCAACAGUCAAUUGUGAGUGCAAAAAGUUAACAAAGCAAUAAGUAUUUGGGUAUUUGUCUCUUAUUCUCUCCUUUGAGGCUAUUGGGAAUUGGAGCACAUUACUAUAUGCUGGCCUUGUUCACUAAAAUGCUGAGUGUUGGCUUAAUAAUGACACAAGACUAAACAGCUAACAUUCGUGUGUACUCUCUAAAACAACCCUAGGUCUUGAGGCUUUUGUCAAUAAGAUUGCAUUGCCAUUAAUUAAAUGUAACAAAGAAUUUAUCACCUUUGUCAUUGUACUGUGCUGUAGAAACUGUAGUUGAUCGUUUGUAAGUAUAGAAACUGUUUGUGGAACCAUGACUAUAAAAAAAGGUUAUAAAAAAAAGUGUAAAUGAACAAUGCUGUAUGUUGUCUUUGAUUUUGUGCAUUUUGUAAAUGAGAAUGAAAUAGAAGUAAAUACAUCAAUGUUAAAUGCCAGUUAUGAAUCAUAGUUAGCCUAAAUGUGACAACAUCAGUUCUGUUUAAAGGUGUGUGAGAUUUUUUUCUUAUAUUUUCUCAUUGCUGAUUUUUGAUUGGGUUUGCACUUUACUGUGCAACUGACCCUUUGGAAUCACAAUGGAUAACAAA